AAUGGAUGUCCCACUUAAAAUAAGUGUCAGACAUUUCGGAAACAAAAAAGAUUGGCAUGCUCAAGGUCAAGCCUCGUCGGACUUAAAAAUUCAGGCUUUAGAAAAGAAAAUUCAAGAGCUUCAAAACGAAAUAAAAGAAAAAGACAAAAAAAUAGCCUUUUUAACGAAACAGAACAAAGCUAAUGUUAUAAAGAACGAUAAAUUAAACGAUGAGAAAUCUAACGGAUUAAAAAACUUAACUAAAGCAGCCGACGAGAAUUCAUCGACAUCUGAUGGUUUAAAAAAGUUAACUGAAGCAGCCAUCAAGAAUUCACCAAAAUCCAAUAAACAAUCUAGCAUUGCUUCAAAGUCAAAAAAUAAUAAUUUUAAAAAAUCUUUUACAAAUGAAACUUCUUUAAAUAUUAAAGAGUCAAAUAGUAGUGAUAGUGAUAGCGAUUGGGGAGAAUUAGAUGGAACGAAAGAUAACAAUUUAACAGAUCAGGGAAAAGAAAUUAAAAGAAUUUUACAAGAAAAUGAAAUGGAAAAAUUAACAAAAACUUUAUCGAAAACAAAGAAAAUUUUAAAAACUACAACUCCUCACAGUUCAUCAACCUCUAAUAAACCCACAAAUGGAAUGAAUAUUUAUAGAGAAGAAUAUUCUGGAAUAAGAAUAAUAAAUCCAAAAGUUUCCUAUGAUGAAAUGAGAAGGAUGAUGGAAGGGAAAGAUUAUGUGAAAUUAUUAAAUAUCCAAUCAUCCUUGAAAGAUUCGCCCAACGACUGGGUAACAAUGGGAGUGAUAGUGAAUAAAAUGAAUGGUCUAACAUCGAGAAAUGGAAACAAAUAUGGAAAAUGGUUCAUGUCUGAUCUGUCGAACUGUCAGAAAUUUGUUUCCUUUAUGCUCUUUAGCAAAACGCUGGAAGAGCAUUGGAAAAUAUCGCAAGGGUCCGUUAUUGCUUUAUUGAAUCCGAAGAUAAUGGAAUCGUCCGAAAAGUUUAAAGGCGACGGAACAACCUUAACUAUUGACAAUCCAAAGAACCUACUUUUAAUGGGUAGUUCAAAAGAUUUUGGCAUUUGUAAAUCAACAACCGCAAAAGGAGCUAAGUGCAGUAAUGUUGUAAAUAAACUUGUUUGUGAAGUUUGUGAAUUUCAUUUGAAUAAAGCUCAUAAACAAUCGUUACAAAAACGGCCAGAUUUAAAUACCAGUUAUAGCGGUGUUGGAGUGCCAAAGAAGUUUAACAUGUACAAGGAUGCAAAAAUGGUGUUCUAUGGAGGAGAAUCAUAUACGCCAAACAGAUCUGCCAAAAAGCGUAAAAUAACGCUGGAAAGCGUUAUCGAGCAUAAAAGAAAGGUGGGUUCAGAAGUUCCACUCUUUGCAAAAAACGACCCUGUACCUGAGAAAAAGAUUGAUAAAAUGUCUCCGGCUUCCGAUUGUGUGGAAAAGGGAAAAUUAAAAGAUUUAUUACUCAUUCCUUCACCUGGAGCAAGAAAUCUCUUGGCGCAAUUAAAAAAGGAAAGCGGUUACGAAGAGAAGGAAGAAGAAUCUUUAAACUCUAAAGCGGCUUCCCCGGUAAAGAAUAUGAAAGCUUCCGAAAUUUUAAAUCUCGUUCACCAGAAUAAAACAAGAAAAUUUACAUAUUCACCAAUAAAGUCAUCACCUCAGAAAACUCGAGUAUUUCCUACUCAAAAAUCUGGUGAUGGACCACAAUUGGGUCGGGGUUUGGGUCAGUGGGACGAGGUAAACCUUGACCUUUCGCCUGAAGCUGAUAAUAGUACUAAGCAGAACAAAAAGGCUAUUGGGAAAAUCAGAUUGUUCGGUGGAAUUGAAAAGGAAGAUCCAAAUUGUAUUCGUCCAAAAAUAACAGACGAAAAGAAGAAAUUAAUAAGGGAAAAGGUUAAUAAGGAUAUGGGAAUCGAUGAUGUUGGAAAGGACGAUAAAAAUACUCCUAAACGAAAGUUAAUUGGUGGCUUGGACCUAAAUGACCCAAAAGUUAGAGCAUUAAUAGAUAAACAAUCGGCGUACUCUGGUGCCCUAGCGGAAGAAGAUGCCGAUAAAAUGAAUAGCUAUUUCGGUCAACUUGAAAAAAGGGAUGAAAUUGAAAAUAAAAUGGCCUCCACAUUCUCAGUCGAAUGUAAAGUAGUCUCCUGUAGUCAGUGUGGCUAUUCUAGGGUUAGUAAACCCGGUAAAAUAUGUAAAGAUGAGCGUCACGAUCUAAAAUGGUCAAAGGCGGAACGAAGAUUUUUCAAAUGCAAAGAGUGUGGAAAUAGGACUACUAGCGUCGAAAGGAUCCCUACUAAGCAAUGCGAUAAAUGUGGUAGUUUAAAUUUUGAAAGAACGUCUAUGCUAAUUGAAAGAAAACUUCCGCAACUUCCAUCCGAAGAAUUGCAUCUGACGACAGAGAAAGAAGGAUUUUGA